AUGAUCAUACUUAUUCUCUCCAUUCUUUUUUAUCAAUGCAAUUCACUCAGAGUUUAUGACCAAACUAGUGUUGAUGGAUUAAUUCAAAAUAAUAGCUAUGCUAUUGUAUUUUAUUCAGUGUCCUGGUGUAUGCAUUGUAAAGAGUUAAAACCAGUAAUGGAACAACUUGAAAUAGAAGAGAAAGCAAUUCAUCCAGAGUUACCAAUAGUGAAUGUAGAUUGUAGUAAUAAUGAUUGCAAUUAUAACCAGUUUCCUAUUGUCAAUUUUUAUCGAGAAGGUAUCUUAUUUAGUUCCUUCGAUGGACAAAAGAAGGUCUCAACUCUUCAACGAUGGAUUGUACGGUGUAUGUCAGAUUUACUGAGUAAAAUUGAUGAAGAUGAUAUUGAAGACCUUCAAUACGAGAACGACGUUUUAAUUGCUAUACAAUUUAGUAAUGAGUCAGUUGUUAAAACGAAUUUUAAUUUUUUGGAACGAGUAUUAAAGCCAUAUUUUACAGAAAGAACCAAAUUUGUGUAUUACAUUAAGUCGUAUGAAAAAGAUAUGAAAAUAAAUAGUUAUGUUCGUUCAGUAUUUGAUCCAACUCAUUAUGUAAAGAAAACACUAAGUAUUAAUGAUGUUGGAGAUUAUCUUAAGUUCUAUCUUAUUCAACACAUGACAUAUCCAUAUACUAAAUAUUCACCAGAAUUAGAAAAUAAAAUGAGAUUAUAUGAAGCACAUUACCUUAUUGUUUAUGCAACAGAAUUUAAUGAGGGAAUUGUUUCAGCAAAGGCAUUAGAAAAAUAUUGGGGAAAAUUACUUGGUUUUUAUGUAGCACUAGGUUCAAAUAAUGUUGGAGAAAGUAUUUAUGGAAAGAAUAUUCAAAGAAUGUUUCCACAAACCAAUCACAUCAGAAUUAUUACAAGUAAUGAACGAAUUGUUUAUGAAUAUUUUGGUAACUGGGAUGAAACAAGUGUUAGUGAGUGGGUUGACCAAGUAAUGAAUAAUCAAAUAAAACCAACAAUACGUUCAAGUAAAAUUACUCAACAAGAUCCUCUUAUUAAUGAGCUCACAGCAGACACAUUUGAUAGAUUUAUAAAUCAAGACAAAGACAUUUGUUUAUAUGUUUACCAUAGGAGGUUGAGUAGUAGUUUUUCAUAUUUUGCAAAGAAUGCAAAAGCCCUUGAAAAAAUUCCAACUAUUCAAUUUGGAAGUAUUGAUAUUUCUACUGAAGACGUAAUGGUUAAUAUGACAUUUAGAAUUAUGCCAACUAUUUUAAUGUUUAGAGGAAAUGACCAUAAACCAAUUGAAAUAUCGAGUGACGGUGAUGGUAAUGGUGAUGGUAGUGAAAAAGAGAUAAAUCAAUUUAUAAGAAAAAAUGCGUUCUACUCAAUAAAUAAAUUAUCAAUGUAUAAUUUAUUUGAAACCCCAAACCACUCAUAUCAUAAAGAGUCAUAUCCAUUAGAACAUUACAAAUCUCAAUUAAAAGAACUUUAA